ACACACGGUCUUCAAGACAAGCACAAAGCUUUGCUACUAUAAGCUCGACCAAAGGUGUGCUUGGCUAAAAUAAGAGGAAUCAUCAACUUCUGUAUCCUAGGACUUAUAUAAACAUACACACACACACAUAGAUAUUGGCACAUCUUUCAUCGUGAUUGGUCGAUCGGAAGAUUACGAGGAAAUGAUAGACAGCAAACUCCAUCUAGCCACUGGUGUCAUGGGAAAUGCUGCUUCCCUGUUGCUCUACGCAGCUCCCAUACUGACAUUUUUUAGGGUUCUGAGGAAGAAGAGCACCGAGGAGUUCUCAUGCUUUCCCUACAUCGUGGCGCUCCUGAACUGCCUCCUCUACACCUGGUACGGUCUCCCGGUCGUGAGCUACAAGUGGGAGAAUUUCCCGGUGGUCACGAUCAAUGGCGUCGGGAUCCUUCUCGAGCUCUCCUUCAUCCUUAUCUACUUCUGGUUUGCAUCACCACGAAGAAAGGUGACAGUCGCGGUAACCACAAUGAGUGUUGCACUUGUAUUUUCAGCUGCAGCACUUAUCUCGGCAUUGGUAUUCCAUGAUCACCCUCACCGUAAAAUGUUUAUUGGGAGCAUUGGGCUUGUGGCGUCUAUCGCAAUGUAUGGUUCACCUUUGGUCGCAGUAAGGCAAGUGAUAAAGACGAAGAGCGUGGAGUUCAUGCCUUUCUAUCUGUCCUUCUUCUCGUUCCUCGCCAGUUCCCUCUGGAUGGCUUACGGGCUACUGGGCUGCGAUCUCUUUCUCGCCUCACCUAAUCUUGUGGGGAGCCCAUUAGGGAUACUGCAACUCGUGCUGUAUUGCAAGUACAGGAAGAGAGGAGGAGUCAUGCAGGAAUCAGGCAAAUGGGAUGUCGAGAAGAGCACAAUCAACACCAGCGAUGAGAAACCGAAACAGCCGGAGACCGCGAUCACUAAUAACUCCUGCUCUCAAGCUCCAUGAUUUUAGCUUCAAUCCAUGUAAUGAACGGUCUGCAAAAAUUUGACCCUGUUUCUGGAUUUAAAUUUCAAAUGAAGUUCGAUGAAGAUUUUCACUCUCUGUUUCUUCUAUUUACCUGUGUACACCACCUAAAGCUUGUUAAUUGUACCAAGAUAUUUUAUGUCAAUUUCCAUGAGUGAAAUUGGAAAGUCCUAUAGCCUUGUAUCAAAAUCCGACUAUGGUUCAUGUUCUGAUU